AAUUCUAAACCCUCCACACGAAGCAAACACAAAACCUUGAACUCGUGGCGGGUGAACUCACAGAGGCGAACCGAGUCAGCUCAGUAGCUCAUACUCUUUACGGUCGCACCUAUGGCGAUAAUCUCCGAUUUCCAAGAAGACCAAGACAACGCUAAGCCAUCGCCGUCUUCGGCGAGGACGGCAUCGUUUAGCGCGAGCUUGGAUCCAUCGAGGCCGGUAGGGUUUUUGGAGAAAGUGUUCGACUUUCUCGGCGAGGAGAGCGACUUUCUGGAGCGGGACACGGCGGAGGAGGAGAUCGUCGCGGCGUUGAAGGUUUCGAAGGAGAAGAGGAGGAAGAGGAAGAAGGCGGAGGCGGAGGAGAAGGCGGCAAUGGAGGUGGAGAAGAAGGAAAAGGAAAAGAAGGAGGUGGAGAAGAAGGAAAAGGAGAAGAAGGUGGUGGAGGAGGAGAAGGUGGAGGCGAUGGAGGUGGAUAAGACGGAGGAGGAGAAGAGUGGUUUAAGAGUUCCAAAUCGAGGCAAUGGCCUUGAUCUGGACAAGUACUCAUGGACGCAGACUCUGCAAGAGGUCACUUUAAAUGUUCCAGUGCCUACUGGAACUAAAUCAAGGUUUGUUGUAUGUGAAAUAAAGAAGAACCAUCUCAAAGUAGGACUCAAGGGCCAGCCUCCAAUAAUUGAGGGGGAGCUUUUUCGGUCUGUCAAACCUGAUGAUUGUUAUUGGAGCAUAGAGGAUCAGAAUGCAGUCUCUAUUCUUUUGACCAAGCAUGACCAAAUGGAGUGGUGGAAAUCUGUGGUGAAAGGUGAUCCUGAAGUUGAUACGCAGAAAGUUGAACCUGAGUCCAGCAAACUAUCUGACCUGGAUCCAGAGACACGGCAGACUGUCGAAAAGAUGAUGUUUGAUCAGAGGCAGAAGUCUAUGGGCCGCCCAACUAGUGAUGAGAUGCAGAAACAAGAGAUUCUGAAGAAAUUCAUGGCUGAGCAUCCGGAGAUGGACUUCUCAAAUGCAAAGAUAGCAUAAUGGGACUGUUUCUGUUGGUGAUCCUUUUUGGCUGACCUAUCACAUUAACAUAGUUUGGGCGUGGAAUUUUGGGCGGGUUUUGUGUCUGUGAAGGGUCAAAAAGUGGUUGGAUUUUGUUCAUAUUGAGUUUUUGGUUGAAGUUCUAGACGAAGAUGGAGAUUAUUAGUUAAUAUAAAUCUUUGCUGGUGGGUGUUUUGCGAA